AUGUCUGAAGAAAGUUAUGAAUCAUUCAAUCUAUAAGAACGGCAUAUUGAGUUAAUUAAAGCCAUUAAUUAAAAUAAUAUUCAAUUAAUAAAUAGCUUAAUUUUAUAAGCGAAAAGUGAGAAUAUUGAUAUAAUCAAUUACUAAAUCAGAUAUUAACCAAUUCACUUAGCAGUAUGGAUAGGUAAUAUGAAAAUUUUAUUACUCUUAAUACAAAAUGGGGCAAAUGUCGAUGCAAUCUCAGAUAAUCAAAUGAAUUGCCUGACAAUUGCUGUCUACAGAUAACAUGUUAAUUUAGUUUAAGCAUUAAUAGCAAAUAUUAAAGAUCCAAAUUACUUAUCAAAAAGAGGAACUGCUUUGCAUAUCGCAGCUUAAUACGAUAAUGAAGAAAUUAUGGCGCUCUUACUCAAGCAUCCAAAAAUUGAUAUCAAUCUGAAAUUCAAAAAUUAGACCCCAUUUUAGGUAGCUGGAUCAACAACCAAGAAAUUAUUAUUGUAACAAGAGAGGAUGUAGAAAUCUUUGAUUUUGAUUUCAAAUUCUUUUAUCAAUUCAGAUGUAAGCAUUUAUUUAUAAAGAGUCUUCUUUUUAAUUAACUUGAAAUACCUGUACUAAUCACUGGAUUUGCACAAAAGGUUGGUUGGCUUGGUUUUAAUCAUUCCAGGAGAUUUUUGUAUUUAGACCCUAUAAAUGGAAUAUUUGCAACUUAUUCAAGUAAGGAAGAUUAUCCAUUAAAACCAAACGAAAUAAUGGCAAUAGAAUUGAUAAACUCUGUAAAACUAAGCAAUAACCUUUUAUUUUCAAAGUCUCACGUUUUUUAUCUAGAAAUUAAAUACUCCAACAAUAAAGCAGUAUGGUAUGGCUUUCAAAGCAAUGAUAUAGCAUAAAGCUGGAGAGAAAGAUUGGAAUAAGCAAAAAAAUAUUAUUAACAUUUCACUAAUAAAUAUAUAGACUGUUAUUAAAAAAAUAAUGACAAAAAAGCCGCAUAAUAUUUCUAUUACGAAAUGGAAUUAAACACAAAAUUGCAAUUAAUUGAAAUUGAAGAUCCUAAUUUGAUUGUUUAAAAUUUCAAUAAAAAUUCAUCAAAUAAACCUAAUUCUUAAUAAGAUCAUUAAUAAUAAUUAUAAUAAUAAUCAAUAAAAUUGAGUGACUUUAAAAUUUUAACUUGUAUUGGAAAAGGAUCAUUUGGAUAUGUUUAUAAAGUUGAAUUUAAAAAUAAAGUCUGGGCUUUGAAGCAACAGGAUAAACAAAGAUUAAAGCAAUCAAAUAACUUGGAAUAUGUUUUGACUGAGGUUAAAAUUUUAAGAACAAUUAAUCACCCUUUCAUUGUAAAAUAUCUAAUGUGUAAGAAAUAAAUUAUACCUUUUUAGCCUUUCAGACAACAAAAAAUUUGUAUUUAGUACUUGAGUUAUUGUAAUAGGGGGAUUUAGCUAUGUUUAUGACGAGAGGUGUAAUCCUUGAUUUGAAUAUCAGCAGAUUAUUAAUUGGAUAAAUAGUCCUUGCUAUUGAGCAUUUGCAUAAGCACGAUAUCUUAUACAGGGAUCUAAAGCCAGAAAAUAUUUGCAUUGAUGCUUCAAGUUAUAUAAAACUAAUAGAUUUUGGGUUGUGUAAAUUUAUAACAGAGAACGAAUUAACAUAUACACUUUGUGGAUCUCCAGCAUAUCUUGCCCCAGAAGUUCUCAACAAUAAUGGAAUAUCCAAAUCAACAGAUGUCUACUAAAUAGGUUUAUUAUUAUAUGAAAUGCUUACUGGAUAUCCUCCAUUUUAUACAAGAGAGAUAAAUAUAUUAAUCAAUAGAAUUAAAAAUGGUAUUUUUAUGCAUUUAUUUAGAAUCUAUACAUAUUCCAAUGAAUUUAAAUGAGGAUGCAAGAGAUCUUUUAAGAUUAAUUUUAAAAAGGAAUGCUUUGGAGAGAAUAAACAUCGAGUAAAUGAAAAAACAUAAGUUUUUUUAAAAUUUAAAUUGGAACUUAUUAGAAAAAAAGGAGAUCAAAAUUCCAUAGCUAAUUAAAGUUUUCCCUUAAUCUGAAAAAGCUAGAAAAGAUUUAGUUGAUUCUGAUUAUUGUCUUAAUGAUUAUAUUUAAGAUUGGGAUUUUGUUACCAUAUGAAAGGCUCGAACAUG